CUACUGUAGCGUGUCUUGUUUCCUCCAGCUCCAGGGUCACGGAUUGGGUUCUCUACCUGCAAAAUGCCGGGCGCCGCCGAGAAGGGGACGGAGCUAUCAGAAAGGAUCGAGAGUUUCGUGGAGGCGCUGAAGCGGGGUGGAGGCCAGCGCAGCUCAGAGGAUAUGGCCCGGGAAACGGUGGGGCUGCUCCGCCGGAUCGUGGCCCACGGGCGCUGGAGCAACGCGGGGGAGCUGAUGGAGCUCAUCCGGAAGGAGGGCCGGCGAAUGACGGCCGCUCAGCCCUCAGAGACCACAGUGGGCAACAUGGUGCGUAGGGUCCUCAAGAUCAUCCGCGAGGAGUAUGGCAGACUCCAUGGACGGAGUGAUGAGAGUGAUCAGCAGGAGUCCUUACACAAACUCUUGACAGCUGGAGGCCUGAAUGAAGAUUUCAGUCUUCACUAUGCACAACUCCAAGCCAAUAUCAUUGAGGUUAUUAAUGAGUUGUUGAUGGAGUUGGAAGGGACAACUGAGAACAUAGCGAUGCAGGCUUUGGAGCAUAUUCAUUCCAAUGAAGUGAUAAUGACUAUUGGAUACUCUCGAACCGUCGAAGCCUUCCUCAAAGUGGCUGCCCAAAAGCGGAAAUUUCACGUUAUUGUGGCAGAGUGUGCUCCUUUCUGCCAGGGCCAUAAGAUGGCAGUCAAUCUGGCCAAGGAGAAUAUUGAAACAACUGUCAUGACUGAUGCUGCUAUUUUUGCUGUUAUGUCAAGAGUCAACAAAGUGAUAAUUGGCACAAAGACCAUCCUGGCCAAUGGUUCCCUGAGAGCAGUGGCAGGAACUCACACCCUGGCCCUAGCAGCUAAACACCAUUCCACUCCACUCAUUGUUUGUGCACCCAUGUUUAAGCUUUCACCACAGUUUCCCAAUGAAGAAGAUUCAUUCCACAAGUUUGUAGCCCCUGAAGAAGUCUUGCCAUUCACAGAAGGAGACAUUUUGGAGAAGGUCAGUGUUCAUUGCCCCGUGUUUGACUAUGUCCCACCAGAGCUUAUCACCCUCUUUAUUUCCAACAUUGGAGGGAAUGCACCCUCCUAUAUUUACCGCCUCAUGAGUGAGCUCUACCAUCCUGAUGACCACAUACUCUAAAGUCAGGAGAUGACGGAGCUCAGGUAGACACUAUUUUACACUGAAUGGAGACGUGCCUAAAAACUAACGAGGAACAUCCUACUCUUGACUGGGGAGCAGCAGGCUAGAGUCAAGUUCCCUCAAAAGAAGACUUGAACUCUACAUACAAAAACCUCCCUCUCAACCAUGCAUAUCCAAGGGCAGAUUUCCCAGGAUCUGUUCUUUGGAUCCUAAUGGAAAACAGUGCUUGACCUGUUGAAUUUUGGAACCUCUUACUGACCUGGCUGCAUGUCUCUGGGAUCUGAAAAGUUCUGAUUCAGUGAUGUGUUAUGGGUUACAUGGAAUUCCUUGCUGGGAUAGAUACCUUUGCUUAAAAAUGUCUACAACACCCCCCAGGAUAUGCCAAUAAAAGCUACUUUAUGA